AUGCUGUUCGUGGCGCUCCUGCACCUGGCGACGCCGCUCGAGCCACCACAAGUGCCGCGUCUCAACCUCUACCCGCCCCGCCGAGUUGCGCUGCUCGUGGAGCCCACACCAUUCACGCACAUCAGCGGCUACUCCAAUCGCUUCAAGGAGAUGCUCCGCUUCCUGGUCGCUGCUGGCGACGAGGUGCACAGGCUGGUGGUGCGCUGCUUGCGCUGGCUCGCGGUGAAGCUGGCAGACGCGCUGCUGCCCCGGCUGCUCAACUGCGCCGACCUCACGCUCGCCACGAGCCCGCAGCUGCAGCAGCAGCUGCGCGCGCUCGGCUGCAGGCGCGUCGAGGGUGGGCGCGUCGAGGUGUGGCGCAAGGGCGUCGACACGCUCACUUUCUCGCCCGCCUUCAACGCCUCCAACUCCCACGCCCGGCACGCGCUGACGGGCGGGCAGCCGCACCGGCCGCCGCUGCUGUCGCUGGACUCGCCGCUGCUGCUGUACGUCGGGCGGCUCGGCGCGGAGAAGCGCGUCGAGCUGCUGCGGCCAGGCUGUCUCGGCUCUUUGGCCAGCGAAGGUGGUGACUCGGUCACAGGCGCGUCGAGCUGCUGCGGCCAGGCUGUCUCGGCUCUUUGGCCAGCGAAGGUGGUGACUCGGUCACAGGCGCGUCGAGCUGCUGCGGCCAGGCUGUCUCGGCUCUUUGGCCAGCGAAGGUGGUGA